CAGCGGCGCCGGGGCCGGGACCGGAUCGGUGAUCGGGGUCGGGACCGGGAUCGGAGCCGAGAUCGGAUCGGGACCGGGACCAGGCCGGGAUCGGAGCCGGGACCGGGACCGGGAUCGGGAUCGGGGCCGUUAUCCAGGUGCGCCCCGCCAUGUUCCGCAUCGAGGGGCUGGGGCCCAAGAUGGACCCCGAGGAGCUGCGCCGCAAGAUGCGCCGCGACGUGCUGGCCUCCGUGCGCAACUUCCUCAUCUACGUGGCGCUGCUGCGGAUCACCCCGUUCGUCCUCAAGAAGCUGGACAGCAUCUGAGCGCCGGCAUGCCGCCCGUGUCCCGCCGCUGCCCUGCCCGCCCUGCCCUGCCCAGCUCGCGGCGGAGCCGCUGAAAUAAAGGGGGAGCGGCCGUGCCCUG